GAGAGAAAGAAAGCAGGGAAGAAGAACUAGUACACACUGCUAGGGUGUGUGCAGGUGAAGCUUUAAUUGCAGUUUCCUAAAGCGAUUGGACUUUGGUCCGUCCAUCCUUCCAUUACCACCGACAACUACAUAUGAUCCAGAGGACAACAACCAACAUGGUACCCUCCAGGAAAUUCAGAGGUGUCAGGCAACGCCAGUGGGGAUCUUGGGUGUCAGAAAUCCGCCACCCUUUAUUGAAGAAAAGAAUAUGGCUAGGGACAUUUGAGACAGCAGAGGCAGCAGCGAGAGCCUAUGAUCAAGCAGCCAUAUUGAUGAAUGGCCAAAAUGCCAAAACCAAUUUCCCGGUGGUGAAGGAGAAUCCAAACGAGCCGUCCCGAAAAACCAGUACUGAUCAUCAAGAUUCCCGUCCCUUAAGCUUAACAGCUCCACCUGCGGAGUCCCUCUCCGAAAUCCUGAGUGCAAAACUGAAGAAAUGCUGCAAGGAUCCAGCACCUUCGCUCACUUGUCUGAGGCUUGACAAUUCCCAGAUUGGGGUGUGGCAGAAGAGGACAGGUCGUCAUUCCGGCUCCAAUUGGGUACUGAAAGUUGAGCUUGGGAAAAAUAAAGAUCACCAAAAUUCAACCCAACAAGCCUCAUUAUGCUCCUCUUCUUCCACCACAACCGCCACCACCACUUCUUCAUCAUCAGGAUCAUCCACGACUUCUUCUGGUACUGCUGCUAUUGAUCAACAUGAAACUGGAGUUGGGAUGGAUGAAGAGAAUAGAGUGGCGAUGCAGAUGGUGGAAGAACUGCUCAACUGGAAUUGUCCACCACCGUAUCUCACCAAUCCUUAAAAGACAGUUAUUAGCAGAUGAUAAUAUUAUAUAAGCUACUAUUAGCAAUAAUUAAUACAAGUAGUUUUCAUUGUAUUUUGCUGCUUUUGAAUUGACUACAAAACUUCAGGGAUGCUGCCUAAAUUUGUUUCUAAAUCCUUUUCUUAAGGUAGCAUCUUCUUGAAUAGGACAUUACCAUAACAGAAGUAGUGAUUAAAAUC